AUUGGACUCUGUUAUGUAUAUUGUAUAUUGUACUUGUAUAAUGUAUAUUGUCUGGUCCUCUCAAUAAAUGCCGACGCAAGGCGCCAAUGGGACCCCAUCCUACUAACUUCCCUUCACACCUUUCCUAUCAGCUAUCGCCCUUCCUUCACUAACCAACACAACCCACCCCAACUUUCUACUUCCGCUUCACAAGGGCUAAGUCACCAGACAGCCUGCUUACUCUUUGACUCAACUCAACUCAACUCAACUCUCGAUGCAAGGAGUUGGUACAGUAGUGUCCGACUUGCCGAGGGGAAAUGGGGAAUAAUCAAAAUUUUUCCCUGGAGAAAUUGGCCGAAAUUGUGGCUCUACCCUGCAAGUACCGAGACGAAGGGUGCAAAGAAUCUCAUGUCCUAAAAAAAACGAGAAGCUCACGAGAGAAGAUGUCCUUUCAAAACCUGUUCAUGUCCCACUGUGGACAAAUUCUGUGCAUGGGAAGGGAGGCACCAACAGAACCUCCAGUAUAUCAGUGCUCCAAUGGACAUAUCGUUUGCUCGAAAUGUCGAGAGCAACUGGAUACCUGUCACACCUGUCGAGAGCCUCUUGGCUAUAUAAGCUGUUUAAUAAUUGAACAAAUCGUCUUAAAUUUAACAGCACCAUGUUCGAAUGCCUUCUUGGGAUGUCCAGAAUUGUGUACCUGGAUGGGAGAAGGUUCUCAAUUUCAGCAACAUUUAACUCAGAAUCAUCCUCAAGUUCCUGUUAUAAAGAAAUCAGCAAUCCUAUUUUUAGGAAUUGAUUUUCAAAUCCCUACUCCUGCUAUAUGGGCAACAAUCUCAGAAUGUUAUGAACAUCAACUGGUCAUAACUGUUCACAAGGAAAACAUCUUUAGACCCAGUUACACCAUUAAGAUUCAAAACCUAACUCCCCCUAACGCAUCCAACCUUGAAUAUACCAUUAAGUUCCAAAGAGGUGGGUACACACUCACCUGGACCUCUUCACACAUUCCAGAACUGAAGACCGAGUCCGGUACCACUCAUUGCUUGGAACUGCCCGACACCCUCAUUCGAUCCUUCUGCGACGGAAACAAUUUCAAAUUCUCUAUUUAUAUCGCUAAAAAGGAAUUCAUUUCCACAGAUGACAGAUGCCAACAACGACUGGUGAUGGUGGGAACCUGA